AAACAAAGACAAGACAAAGAAAUUUCGCUGGUUAUUCGAUUCAACCGAAGAUGCAAACUACCUUAUUCUCUCACAAACACAUUUUCCAUUAUUAUUUUCCCACAUUUUCCUUCAUUUUCCCGUGAUGGCAGUUUCAGCCUUCAAAUCUUCUUCACGAAGAGGAAACCAACCAUCAUCUUCUUCCACUUCAACUCCCACCACCACCACCACUAACAGAGCUCCUCCAAUUCGAAGGUCAAGAAGCGUAAGCGCGUUUUCUAGAACCAACAACACUUUCGAUUUUUCCACUGAGUUUCUUAACAAAAGGGAUAAUCCUCUCUUUGACCAAAUUUCCAAAUCUAAUGAAACAACGGUUCCGUUUCUAGAAACUUCUACGCCUGUUAGAGGACGUUCUGCGGCGCGAAAUGGUGACCCGAGUCGGAAGGAUACGAGUCGGAGUGUUUCUAGAGUCGAUACGGGUCGGAAUGUUUCUAGAGUCGAUACGGGUCGGAGGUCGACCCGUUCUGCUUCACAGUGUCCGGUUUCGCGGCGAAACUUUAACUCUUCCACUUCUGAGAGUGAAGCUGAUUGUAAAGAUAGGAAGGGUCUGAAGUUAGGUGGGAGUAACAGAAAAAGUGGUUUGUUUGGAAGAACUGAUAACAAUAUGAUUGAUCAAGAGAAAGAUCUGCGCAGGUGGUCUAGUCAGCAUUUAGCCGUUGAGGUGUCAGAUUGUUUUGCUGCAACUCCGCCUGGUUUGCAAACUCGAAACUGUGAUGAUGCGGUUUCUACAGCAAGUUCUGGAUUUGGUUGCAAUGAGAAAACUAUCAGAGCAGUUUGUGAGCAAAAGUCAAUACAAAGGGAUCAGCCAGGAAGCAGUGAGAUAUAUGAAACAGUUCGUUCUGAAGUGAGACGGGCUAUGUCUGAGAUUCAGAUUGACCUCGAAAGUUCUAUUCAAAGGAGUAAUCCUACAGCCAUUACUGUUGCCAACAUCGCUGAUAUUCAUCCUGACUUGCUAAACCCUGGUACAGUAGAAUUAGCAUUGGAGAUUAGAAGUGAGUAUACCAAAAAGCUUGAAGAGGCGGAAGAGCGAGCUAGACGUCUUAGAGCAGAUCUGGCAGUUGAAGAACAUCGAAUACGAGAACUGGAUAGAAUCUUGAGAGAAGUUCUUCCAUAUCCCAAGACCCCUAAUAUACCAAAGUCCCGUCCAUCAAGAAAAUCAAGUAUUGAAAGAAAAAGGAUGUCGAAACGUCUUGCAGAAGAUGCCAAGGCUUAUUUUGACGAGUGUGUGUCACUAUCAACAUUCGAUAGUUCAGACUUUUCAUCCCAAGAGGAUCCUCCACUCAGCAUGGUUGGUCCACCUACUUCAUCUCGUUUAACCGAGGAAUCAGGCACUCGAGAACAAUAUCAUGAUAUCCAUUACGGCACAUUGCAGCAGCCACAAGGCAGCAUUGAUUCUGAGGAAGCUAGGCAUGGUCAAAUCAGCUCAACCGCUGAUAGCAAAGAAACUGAUUAUAAUUCUAAAACCUGUUUCUCCUUUGCACAGAAGCCAUCCGAAGGCGCUAUACUUCAUCAACAAGAUAUCCAACAAUACAUAAAAAAGUUUGAGAAAAAUGUUUCGAAGUUGCCAACUAUGAGAUCGAAUUAUGGCGAGCUGCGUGAUUAUAGUUUUCAAACAUCAGCUGAGAGCUUGUUGUUUGACAGGGUGCUACUGAAAAAUAGAAUUGAUUCUGGUCGUUUUUUACUAUGUGAUGGUGGUAACUUUUGGUCGUCUUAACAUUCUGUAUAAUAAAAAAAUAUUAGUUCAAAGUUAAUAUCAUUCCCUUUUUAGUUUAAA